ACCUGGCAUAUCUGGUCACCUGGUCCUAUUCGCUUCAAGUGUACCCGUUGCUGAACGUUUGUAAAGUUAUAUCGGAAAACAUAACUGUCAGACGUACGAUUGAUAACGAUUAUCAUAACAAACUUUCUGUGUAUGGAAUAUUUACAAUCACGUAUAUUUUGUUCGAGUGAUUUUUGUUAAAUCGUUCAAGUGGAAAUGUUCACCCAUCUUGCCGGAGGCCGCGUUAACAUACAGCAACUUCAAGAAGCGGCUGUUCGUGAAUUAGUAGAAAUAUUAGACCGCUGCGAAGGAACUAAGGCAAUUAUAUGGGAUGAAUCACUAGGUGGUCCAGUAGGUUUAGUUGCUCGAUACACCUUUCUGAAAGAGCACCAUGUUACCAAAAUGUAUCAACUGAGACCUGAACCGUGGGCUGAUAUUGACGUGAAAAACAUCAUCUUUAUCACUCGACCCAAUCAAACACUGAUGGAUUAUAUUGCCAAUAAUAUCCACGAAGAAGAGCGAAAAAAGAAAAUAUCAAAAAAAGAGUACUACUUGUACUUUCUACCGAAAAAAUCAUUCUUAUGUGAGAAACGCUUACAAGUGAAAGGCGUACAUGGUAGCCUUGCGUACAUUGGAGAGUUCAAAUGCGACUUUUUUCCGUUCGACAAUGAUCUACUAUCAAUGGAGUUAAAAGAUGCAUACAGGGAUCUCUAUCUGGAAGGAGACACUUCUAGUUUGCAUCAGUCAGCAUGUGCCCUUAUAGCGCUACAGAAAUUAUAUGGUCGCAUUCCAAAAGUUUACGGAAAAGGUAGCUGUGCUCAGAGAGUCUGGGAGCUUACGAAAGCCUUGGCCGAAGAAGAUGAAUCUGUGCUAAGCAGCGAUAAAGGCGUAAUUGAUCAGAUGAUCAUUUUGGAUCGAAACUGUGAUUUGAUGAGUGUACUCGCAACGCAACUAACCUACGAAGGAUUGAUCGACGAAAUUUUUGGCAUUAACAACACCACCGUCAAUCUUCCAGCGGAAAAGUUUAACUCGGGAGAAGGUUUUUCCAUUGAAAAAAACUCAGAAAAAAGUCAGUUCAUUCUAAAUUCAAAAGAAAACUUAUUUGCCGAGCUACGCGACAAAAAUUUUAAUGCUGUUGGAGCGGUGCUAUCGCGACUAGCCAAAUAUAUCCGCUCCAGAGCUUACGAAAAUCAUGGCGAAAAAUCUAUUCAAGAAUUGAAAAAGUUUGUUGAGAGCCUACCGCAUAUUAAAGCAAACGAACAAUCCUUGGCAACUCACACAAAAAUUGCCGAACUAGUCAAAGAAGUGAUUUCGUCUGAUAGUUUUCUCGACGUACUAGGUUGCGAACAGGAGUUUAUGAUGUGCUCGGAUGUAGACAAGCCAAAUUCCUUCAUUGAAGACCUAAUUGCUAAAGAAGCUCCACUCCAAACUGUCCUGCGGCUUAUGUGCAUGCAAUCGAUCGCCAGUUCCGGUUUGAAACCAAAAGUUCUAGACUACUAUAAACGUGAACUGGUUCAGGUGUAUGGUCUGCAAACUUUAUUGACGAUCGGUAACCUCGAAAAAGCGGGCUUGCUAAAGCUUCAGACCGGCAACCGAACUUAUGCAGUAUUGCGCAAAACUCUGAAUUUAACGGCAGAAAAUCCCGAAGAAGUAUCUCCCAAAGAUAUUACCUAUGUACACAGCAUUUAUGCCCCCCUGUCGGUACGCAUAGUCGAGCAUCAUCUUCAACCGAACGGGUGGCAGUCGCUCAACGACGUUCUCUCUAGCCUACCAGGACCAACGUUCGAAGAUUUCCAACCUUCAAUCACCCUCAACAAUCGACGAGGAUCAUUCACAUCGGAGAUAUCUCAAUCGGACAUGCCUCGGGUAAUUGUGGUAUUUUUCGUUGGCGGCUGCACAUUUGCAGAAAUUUCCGCCCUACGUUUCCUGGCGCUUCAGGAGGAGAACAAUGUGGAAUUUGUUGUAUGUACGACAAAACUGAUCAACAAAAAUACUUUCCUUGAUGCGUUUAUUGAGAAGUCCAAAUGAAAUCAGUACUAAUUUUAGGCAAUACAUGUAUUAACUUUUCGUUUGAGUGUUUGAACAGAAUGAUUUUACAAGGAUAAAUUUUUUAAUAUUACCAUUUAAUUCUGUUAUAAUUAUAACAGAAUUAAAUGGCAAUAUUAAAAAAUUUAUCCUUGUAAUACAUAUAUGUUAGCCAUGUAUCCAAGUGAAUUUUAUAAUGCUUUUAUUUUUGAAAAUCCAUUUCGGAUAUAACAAUCAUUUCUUGUUAAGUCGACUAUGUUCCUUUCUGUUCUUACAAUAUUAAUCGGAAAUAAACACAGAUGCAAGAAAUCAGGAAAACUUAUUUUGAAAACAGCAUUCCUUUGUAUCGCUUUAUUUAGCCCCGGCUUUAACUACGAAGGGUCGUUCACCGAGGUAAAGCAGUAUGAUUCUACAUAACAUUUUUCAUAAGUGCAGAGCUCAAAAUCAAUUUUUUAUCGAAAUUGUUCCGUUGGAACAAAACAGUUGAACAGUCAAAAUAGAAUUUUUGUAUGGUACAUAUGUUCAGACAAUAUAACAACAACUGUUUCCGUUUGUAUAU